AUGGAUUCCAGAACAGCAUUCUGCGGCGCUCUGCUACUGCUGGUGACGCUGCUGCCUCUUUCAGCCAGCGCGCCGAGCAAACUCUACAUUGUGUAUAUGGGGGAGAAGAAACAUGAUGACCCGUCCGUGGUCAUCGCGUCGCACCAUGACAUGCUAAUAUCUGUUUUUGGGAGUUACAAGCAUGGAUUUUCUGGGUUCGCGGCUAUGCUAACAAAAUCUCAAGCUGUGGCAAUCGCAAAAUUUCCUGAAGUUGUCUCUGUGAACACUAAUAUUUUUCACAAAACGCACACAACUCGGAGCUGGGAUUUCCUUGGCCUUGACUAUAAUCAACCGCCACAACAACCGGGGCUCCUCAAAAGAGCAAAGUAUGGUGAAGAUGUCAUUGUGGGUGUGAUCGAUACAGGCAUAUGGCCUGAAUCACGAAGCUUUGAUGACAACGGCUAUGGCCCCGUGCCGGCACGGUGGAAAGGAAAAUGCCAGAGUGGCGAGAAGUUCAACGCCACUAGUUGCAACAGAAAGAUCAUCGGUGCGCGGUGGUAUGGCCGUGGCAUCAGUGCCGAGUCAUUAAAGAUCGACUACAAGUCACCUAGGGACCUCAAUGGCCAUGGCACACACGUCGCCUCAACUAUCGCCAGUGGGGAAGUGCAGGGCGUCAGCUAUGGAGGCCUAGGCAUGGGUGUGGCACGUGACGGAGCACCACGUGCACGACUUGGUAUCUACAAGGUGUGCUGGCUGGAUGAGGGUUGCCCUGACACGGCGGUCCUUGCUGCCAUUGAUGACGCUAUACAUGAUGGGGUUGACGUCUUGUCGCUCUCUGUUGGAGGGGUUGGUCAGGAGUACUCUGGGACGUUGCAUGCUGUGCAAAGAGGGAUCUCUGUCGUGUUCGCCGGAGGGAAUGAUGGCCCUGUGCCACAGACGGUGACGAAUGCCGUGCCAUGGGUUAAGACCGGUGGCCGCUAG